CCUUAUCAAAUCCUCUGCGACAGUCUCCAAGCUCGAGGACAAUGGUAGCCAUUGCCUGUUGUUUCAGUGGUCUCCCCACGCCAUCAAUAAGACCUCAAGGACUCGUUGGGCAUUUCCCAAAUCUUCAUUGCCCCUCUCUCAAGUUUGCCCAUUUGAGAACUAACUUCAGUACACCCAUGGCCACAACCCCUUUCCAAGUCUCUGCAUCAUCAUCGUCAUCCACCAUUGGUGCACCAGAUGAAGAAAAGGAGGCAGCCUCUUCUGUGAGGGUGGGAGCCAAUGACCUGCUGAUUGUGGGGCCAGGAGUUCUCGGGCGCUUAGUGGCACAAAAAUGGCGGGAGGAGCAUCCUGGGUGUGAAAUACAUGGGCAAACAAUGACAGUUGAUCACCAUGAGGAGUUGAGUAAGGUGGGUAUUAAUCCAUGUUUGAAGGGGACCAAAACCACCCACAAGUUUCCUUAUGUAAUCUUUUGUGCUCCACCAUCAAGAACCUCGGAUUAUCCUGGUGAUGUUAGACUGGCUGCAUUGAACUGGAAUGGUGAAGGUUCUUUUUUAUUUACUUCAAGCUCUGCACCAUAUGACUGCAACGACAAUGGUCCAUGUGAUGAGGACACUCCAGCAGUGCCAAUAGGGAGGAGCCCCAGGACUGAUGUCCUUCUUAAAGCAGAAAAAGUAGUGCUGGAGUUUGGGGGUGUUGUUCUCAGAUUGGCGGGGCUUUACAUAUCCUUUAUGAAAGUCGAACUCCGAAAGAUUAUUUGUGCAGUAGAGGAAAGCUUUCACAGGUUUGGGUGCAUCUUAGUAUUUUUCAUAUUUGAAAGUGACCUUAACUAUGCCUACAAAUCAGAUAGAGGUGCACAUGUUUAUUGGUUACACAAGGGGAUCGUAGAAACUCGUCCAGAUCACAUCCUGAAUCUUAUACAUUAUGAGGAUGCGGCUUCCCUCUCUGUUGCAAUCUUGAAGAAGAGAUUACAUAACAGGAUCCUCUUGGGUUGUGACAAUCAUCCAUUGUCCAGGCAAGAAGUAAUGGACUUGGUUACUAAAAGUGGGAAAUUUUCAGGAGUGUUUGAGGGUUUUACAGGAACUACUGAUCCUUUGGGCAAGAGAUUAAACAACUCAAAAACUCGUGAAGAAAUAGGGUGGGAACCAAAAUACCCCAGUUUCUCUCAAUUCCUUGAGAGUAUUUGAUUUACUACUAGCAUCUAUCUGCAUUGUUGGGAUUGGAUUUAGUGGUGGGAAGUAUUGGUUUAAGUUGACCCAAGUAAUGUUUGCCAUGGAGCUGCUCAGGGUCUUACAUUUGGAAAUACUUGCUGCAGUGGGCUCGCAUCUGUAGAGAACUGACAAUGCUUAACCUCCUCAGUCAGAAUUAUCUGGCCAUUGAAGCUCUGCGGCGAUGUCGAACAUUAAACUUCAUGUAUCUGUGUACGGGCAGCUGAUAUAUAUAAUUGGUCCCAAAUUCAAUGUUGGACCAGACCAUAUAAAUCUCUCAAAUGCAUGAACACUUUUGUGAGUAAGUCUUUCUGCUACAUAAGAUAUAUUCUACUUGCUUA